AUGGUGUAUUGCUUUGAGAAGCAAUUUAAUGCAGCUUACACUAAUUCAAAAUUUAAAGAAGUUCAAGUAGAAUUGAAGCGUCUAGGGUACUGUCGUGCGAAUCUUAUCCAUGAGAAGGGAACAAUAUGUACCUAUCAUGUGAGGGAGGUUGUUCUUCUAGGUAAGGGGAUGAAGAAAGUGGAAUUUGUUGUGCACUGUAAUUCAACUGAAUGUGAGCUCCAAUGUAUGUGUUGGUUGUUUGAGUUUGGAGGUAUUAUGUGUGCCCAUUCACUUUGUGUGCUCAUUGACAGAUCCAUAUAUGAGGUGCCAAAUAAAUACAUUAUUUUGAGAUGGAGAAAAGACGUGGAAAGAGGAUAUACAUGCAUUCCAACCACAUAUACUACAUUUGCGGCUGCUCUAAAUCCAAAGUUGCAUGAUAACUAUCACAAGACGUUGGAUAAGGUCCUAGAACUUGCUACCAAUGAUGAUGGUAAACAUAAAGUGAUUCAACCUGGGUUGAUGGAAAUCAAGGAUAGAGUGAGAACAGUUCAAUCGAGUAGUGCGAGUAAUGUCCCAUGUAAAAGUACUACACCAGCUUCUACUAGUACUUUACCACAUUCCCAUACUUCACCGAAAAGUCUGCAUUGUCGCAAUACUACAAAAGAAAGCAUCACUAGCAAGGUACUCAGUCCUUUGGUUGCUCACUGA